AUGUCGAAUCCAAAAAAUAAAAGUAUACCAUCUCCCGGAAAACAUUCAUCAACUUCAAUAUCAAUACCUUUAACAACAAAUCAAAUUGAACAACAUCAUCAAUCACGUCAUUCAAUAAAUUGUUUAGAUUAUCCAUCGUCAUUAUUUUCAACAAUAAAUCAAUUUCGUCUAUCAGAUAUAUUUACUGAUGUAACUAUUUAUGUUGAUGGUGUCCCAUUUGCUUGCCAUCGUUUAAUAUUAGCUGCCGCAUCACCAUAUUUUCGUGCGAUGUUUUCAUAUAAUUUUCGGGAAUCAACAGAAGGGAAUGUUCGCAUACAAGAUAUAACAGCAUGGACAAUGAAACGAAUACUUGAAUUUAUUUAUACAGGUCAUACAGAUAUAACAUAUGAUAAUUUAUUUGAAAUGUUUAAUGCAAGUGUUAUGUUAUCAAUAAAAGAAUUAACUGAUUUACUUAUUAAGUUUCUUUAUUUACAAAUGGAUAUAUAUAAUUGUAUACAAAUAGAACAAUUAGCAACAUUAUAUUCAUUAGAAAAUCUACGUCGUACAACAUUACAAUAUAUAGUUGAUCAUUUUAUGUGUUUAUAUGAAAAAAAUUUAUUUGUUCAUUUAAAUGAACAUACAUUAAUGGAAGUUUUAUCUGAUGAUAAUUUAGAUAUACCAAAAGAAGAAUAUGUUUUUUUAACUAUUGUACAAUGGGUUAAUUAUCGUCCAAUUGAACGUGAACAAUAUUUUCAAAGUUUAUUUAAAUUUAUACGGUUAAAUUCAAUAAGUGAUAGUGAUUUUGUUACAAAUUCAAUGCGUAAUGAAAAACUAGUACAAAAAUAUACAGCUUGUUUACGUACAUUGAAGGAUUUUUAUUCAAAUAAUUUUAUUCCAGAUUUAUUGGGUCCAAUUAGACCAAGUACUCAGAUCAGAUAUCAUUUAAUUGUGAUUGAAGUACCUUCGAGUGACGAUGAAAAUGAUGAUGAUGAACAAGAUCAAAAUGAACAAUUGACGAAUACAAAAGAACCUGAUGAAUCAAUUGUAGCAUUUUAUCAAAAAUUUUCUACUCAAUUACAAAUUAAUGAUGCAGCAACAACAACAGCAACAAUGACAAAUCAUGUCUUAAAUCAAAAUCAUCUUGAUUCAAAUCAUUGUGAUUAUUCUUUAAACUUCCAUCAUCAUAAUAAUCGUUCUCCGUCACCUGACUGUCGCUUAUCAUCUUCACAGUGUCUUUUACAUGCUUAUGACUUUUUUCGACAACGUUGGCGUUUUCUUGGUGGUUUACCAGAACCUUUUUCUCAUAUAUCAUGUGUAUCAACAAAUACAACACUGUAUUUGUUCGGUGGACAAUUACGUUCUGGUGAAUUAAGUGAUCGUAUUUGGAUAUUUUCAUUUUCAACACUUAAAUGGCAAAUGUCUUCUAUAUGUUUAUCAUAUCCACGUGGUCAACACACAUGUGUUCUUUUUCAUAAUUUCGUUUUAUUAUUUUUUGGUAUCACAAACUCAUCAUCAUCAUCAUCAUCAAGUCCAUGUCGUUCAGUUGAUAUGUUUGAUUUAGUAAAUGAAACAUGGACAUGUCUUGGUGAAAGUGUACCUUCAUAUCAAUGUGAACCGAUAGUUGCAACGGGACAAUGGUUAUUAUUAUCAAAUAAAAAUGAUACACAAAUGUUACAUACAUAUAAAUUGAGAAUGCAACAUCCUGAUGAAUUUACUAAUGGACCGACUAUUAAAAUGAAUACAUCUAAUGAUGAGCUAGCAUCAUCAGUUUCAACAACAGAAAAAGAUAAAACACAACUUUCAAGAACUCCAUCGACAGAUAAUGCUGUUGUAAAUGAUCCAUGUUUAACAUCAGCUGGUUAUUAUAUGUUACCACGUAAUAAUAAUAUUGGUCGAUUUUCACUUGUAACACAUGAUGACGAUCUGUAUCUUGUUUAUUGGCAAUCAAAACAAAUCUAUCGCUUUAAUUUAGUACGCAAUGAAAUAUUAUUAAAACAAUCAAUGUCCUAUUCAUAUGUAAACUAUUGUCAAUGUGUACUUGUUGAUCGUCGUCUUAUUGUAAGUGGUUUAGUGUGUUUAUCAAAUCUAACUGAUACAGAAAAAGAAUCUUUAUUAAUACCACAAGAUAAAAAAUCUUCAAAUAAAGAAUAUCAUUGGAUCAUACAAAUAUAUAAUAUUGAUGAUGAUCGAUGGUCUAUAUUACAUGACCAACAAAUUCAACGAAAACAUUUAUUACUUGUCGCUAGAUUAUCUUAA